AUGAAGUCGUUCCUCACCAAGCCGAAGCGUAAACUCAGUCCCGCGCCCGAGCCAUGCCCCGGAGACGCAGACGAGCCGACAGAAGUCAAGCUCGCACUGCUAUCUUCCUUGCACCCCGCCGUGGACCAAGAGACGCUCCUUGACAUCCUGCUCGCCCACGACGGGUCCGUCUCGCAAGCGUCGACCGCGCUGCAGCACCAAGAGCACGCACGCCCCGGCAGCAAGAAGAGCGGCGUCAUCGGCUACCAGCAGUCUCUCAAGCAGUACGCGCUGCCGCCGCCGCCCUCGGGCGACGCCACCUCGCCGACGAAGAAGAAGCUCAAGUCGAAGCGGGGCAGCACCCUGCACCUGUACGACCCGGCCGACGUGGCCGAGCACACCCCCUGCACCAUUAUCCACAACUUCCUGCCCCCGGAGGACGCGAAUGACUUGCUGCGCGAACUCCUCGACGAGGCCGAGUCGUUUGAGAAGAUUACCUUUAAGCUCUUUGACAAUGUCGUGUCGAGUCCGCAUACGUCCGGGUUCUUCGUCGAGAGCUACGAGGCGAUGCAGCAGCAAAAGGCAGAUUACUACUACAACGGUGCCAAGCUCACCGACGUUCGGCGCAUCACGCCCCAACUCGCCAAGGUCAAGCCCGUAGUACAGGAGGCCGUCAACAGGGAGGUCCAGCAGCGCAUCAAGACGCGGUACCCCGGCGGCAAGAAGCUCAAGUACCAGUCGCCGCACGCGUGGGUCCCCAACUCGGCAUUCGUAAACUGCUACAAGGGCGCGCAGGAGAGCGUCGGCUGGCACAGCGACCAGCUCACGUAUCUCGGCCCGCGCGCCGUCAUCGGGUCGGUCUCGCUCGGCGUCGCCCGCGAGUUUCGCGUCCGCAGGGUCCUCCCCAAGGACAAGGACAAGGACAGGGACAAGGACGGCGGCGGCAGCGGCAGCAGCGUCAAGGCGGCCGAGGACGACCCGGACGCCGAGGGCCAGAUCUCGAUCCACCUGCCGCACAACUCGCUGCUCGUCAUGCACGCCGAGAUGCAGGAGGAGUGGAAGCACUGCAUCGCCCCCGCGCCGUCCAUCGACCCGCACCCCGUAGCGGGCGUGCGGCGCAUCAACAUCACGUACCGCGACUACCGGCAGCGGUUCCACCCGCGCCACACGCCGCGCUGCCGCUGCGGGAUCCCGUGCGUGCUGCGCGUGGUGCAGCGCAAGAGGGAGAACUACGGCCGGUAUUUCUGGAUGUGCCACGCGAGCAACGUGCCGGGCAAGGAGGGGUGCUCGUUCUUUCAGUGGGCCGAGUUUGACGAUGACGGGAAUCCGAUAUUCGAUGGCAAUGCAGGCCCCAAGCAGCCGCCGUGA